AUGAUCAUGAUGAUCAACGAAGCUAUAAAUGGCCAACACCAAAUGAAAAACCCUAUUGGCUUAUUGUUUCUUAAAACACCAAUAUAUUGGUCAGAGCAGAAAUAACAACCCAAAAUCUUUUUAUUACCAGCGCCAACAAAGCUUUGCUCUUUCUCCAUCUACCUAAUAACACACAACCCUGUAUCAUACACAGACGAAAAGAAAAAAUAUGGGUUUUGAGAAGGGAGCUUCACUGUUGGAAGAUUUGAUAGAAAAAGCUGGAGGCUGUGCUGUGAUGGAUGGGGGUUUUGCUACUCAGCUUGAGAGUCAUGGUGCUUUCAUUAAUGACCCACUUUGGAGCGCUCUUUGCUUGAUCAAAGACCCUCACCUUAUCAAGCAGGUUCAUCUGGAGUAUUUGGAGGCUGGUGCAGAUAUCUUGGUUACUUCAUCUUACCAGGCUACCAUUCCUGGAUUCCUUUCCCGGGGACUAUCCCUUGAAGAAGGGGAGUCAUUACUAAAGAAGAGUGUCAAAUUGGCAGUGGAAGCCCGUGAUAAGUUUUGGGAUGGUGUCGGAUGUGUUCCUGGGAAUAGCUACAACCGAGCUUUGGUAGCAGCCUCAAUUGGAAGUUAUGGAGCAUAUCUGGCUGAUGGAUCGGAAUACAGUGGGUGCUAUGGACCAGGAGUAAACCUGGAUAAGCUGAAAGAUUUUCACCGGCGCAGAUUACAAGUUAUUGUUGAAGCAGGUCCAGAUUUGCUAGCCUUUGAGACCAUUCCCAAUAAACUUGAAGCUCAGGCCUGUGUUGAGUUGCUUGAGGAAGAAAACAUUCAAAUUCCAUCAUGGAUCUGCUUCGGUUCUGUAGAUGGUGAGAAUGCUCCAUCUGGAGAGAGUUUUAAGGAGUGCUUUGAGAUAUUAAACAAGAGCAAGAAAGUGAAUGCAGUUGGAAUUAAUUGUGCAUCUCCCCAUUUUAUUGAAAGCCUUGUCUGCAAAUUUAAGGAGUUGACAACCAAGGCAAUCGUCGUUUAUCCAAAUAGCGGGGCCAUAUGGGAUGGUAGAGCAAAGAAAUGGCUGCCAUCAAUGUGCUUUGGUGAUGAAGAAUUUGAGUUAUUUGCACCAAGAUGGCGCAACCAAGGAGCUAAAGUUAUUGGGGGUUGCUGUCGGACAACUCCAUCCACAAUUCGAGCCAUAUCAAAGGCUCUGAAAGAAACAACUUAGCAAGUUAACAAGGGUCGUUGAUUUCAUAGCUUUGGGACUAGGUGCCAGUUUAUACAUUCAGCCGCUGCUGGUUUAUAAUUUAAACGUCGUUGCCUGCAAUAUCAUUUGUUUUCCAUUUUGCUCUAUAAUAGAUGCAGAAGGCAUCCUUGUCUUUUUUCCUGGCUAACGUCUUUUGAGUUUUGACUUCAGCCAAAACAUUAAAAAAAAACUUACAGAUAACAGUACUUGUAGAGAUUUGUAGAAAACCGAAAAUAAGCAUAGCCUAAA